AUGUACAGGAAGGCGUUAAAAAUGGAAGGAUUUGAAGGUGUUGAAAAACGGCUCGAGAUGGCGUUCUCCACCGGAGCGAGGCUUCGCCAGAAGCUAACCGAGGAGGCGCUCGCCGGAAUACUAGAGCCCGUUGAGUGCUACAUCAUCUCGUCCAAGUCGGAGGAACACGUUGACGCGUACUUGUUGUCAACGUCGAGCUGUUUUGUUCACGAUGAUAGAAUCAUCGUGAAAACUUGCGGAAAGACCACCAUCUUCAAAUGUAUGGCUGGUAUUAUCCGUACAGCGUCUCCUCAGGUGGUGACUUCCGUCCUCUACACGAGGGGAGAGUUCAUCUGGCCCGAAAAACAACCGUCCCCGCACAAGAGCCUCGCUGAUGAGAACGCGCAUCUCAAGGAGCUGGUCAAGUCUAUUCCGGGUCUGAAGGUUAUGGACCCACUGGUUACGGGAAAUGAGAACAUGUGGCAUGUUCUCGGUGCUUUCUCUACUGCAGAAGUCAAGGCCGAGGAGGAUGUGGUUACGGUGGAGAUGUCCAUGAAGGGUCUAGAUACAGAGAAAGCUUCCGUGUUCUUCAAGAAAACGAGUUCCAACAUGACCGAGGCAUCCGGUGUCAAAUGCAUAUUCCCUGGGGCCAAACUUGACGCUUACGACUUCGAACCUUGCGGUUACUCGAUGAAUGGAGUGGAAGGCAAAGCCGUAUCGACGAUACACGUAGCUCCGGAGGUUGGAUCCAGUUUUGCGAGCUUCGAGGUGUUUGGCUACGACUUCAAGAGAGGUAAGAAAUUUAACGAAGUGGUCACCCAAGUCUUAGCUACUUUCAAGCCUAAAAAAUUCACUCUCACGAUCCACUCCACCACCGUCCGGCUCAAUGGCAACGAACCCGAGUUCUUGCUCGAUCUUGGUGGCUACACCUGCUCUGAAAAGAAAGUCAAGCAUCUCGGCCAUGGAAGUAUCAUUUACUACUGCUUCUAA